AUGCUCCUUAGUACGCUUCUCCGCACUCGGGCCAGUCCCAUCUUACGUAUGCCGGUGCUUCGCGUAGUCACGAAUCUGGGCGACGUGCCCGAGACGCUCGAGGCUCAGCUGACCAAGGUGGUCGCCGACAUCAUGAAGAAGCCGGAGGAAAGGUUCUGGUGUGAGGUGCAAACCGGAGCCCGGAUCUCGCAGGGCGGCACCAAGGAUCCGUGCGUCUUCGUCUCGGUGAAAUCGAUCGGAGCCGUCGGAAAGGACGAGAAUCCCAGACUCUCCCAGCAAAUCACCGACUACUGCCACAACGCCCUGUCGGUGGCCAAGGACAAGAUUUCCGUGCAAUACAUCGACAUGGACCCGAAUACGUUUGCUCGUGGCGGGACCACCAUCGCCGAGCAGCUCGCCCAACAAUCCAAACAA